AAAAUGCCAAUAUCUAUUUUAUGAAUAUUGCAAGGAUACUGCUUGAAGAACCGAUUCUCGUGCAUUGGACUGAAUGCACUGGCCGAAGUCUUCUUCUUGGCUGUGAAUAAGAUAUGAAUUGCAUUUGAACUAUUUAAGUAUUGGAUGUAGGUGACCAUUUCCAGUUCAGGAUCCAUACCCCAAAACCAAUCCAAAUUCUUUGUAUGACGGUGAAUAUGUUGACGCUUACUAAAAAUCUUUUUAUGUGAGGGUAUCUCUUCACGACUUCACCCAAGAGAAAUGUGUUGCUGUCUUUUCCCUGGUGCGAGGAACAAACUCCUCCUUCCCCGUUUCCUGGAUGACGGUUGUAGAGUGGGCUUCUUAGCUUCGAUAGUCUUGGCUCUUGAGACCGAAAUCAUAUGUAGUACUAGGCACUAGCAAUUUUGCGUUGGCAAGUCAUAGUAUACUUUCAUUUUACUGUAAUUAUGAUGUGGGAACUUGCCGUUUCAACCCAGCUUUGAUACUCCACCAAAGUCCAUGGCAGUAUGGCACAGGAACUGGGGAGCAAAUGGAUUGACAGUAGUACAGUAACGUAACAGUAAUUGCCUUGGCUCUUAGGGGUUCAGCGAAAAUGGCAGCAGCCUCACCCUUUUGCUCAAGACGGGCUAUAUCUACAUACCCUUCUCUCAGACAGAGAUUUAAGCAAACAGAAUAUGAUAUUGUAAGGAUGUUUCAGCUUGCAACUCCUAAAGAUGAAGCGCCAAAUUUUGCCGUGAGCCGACCAGCCAUUAGAAAGAGCAGGUCUAAGAGGACAUUGGAUGAAAGGUUUAUAAGGAUUUUGAAAAUAUUCAAAUGGGGUUCUGAUGCAGAAAAGGCUCUUGAGGUGCUACAGCUUAGAGUGGAUCAUCGAUUAGUUCGUGAGGUACUGAACAUUGACGUGGAGAUCAAUGUUAAGAUGCAGUUUUUCAAGUGGGUUGGCAAGAGAAGGAAUUUUGAGCAUGACUCCACCACUUACCUUGCUCUCAUUCAUUGUCUUGAGGAAGCUGGCAGGGUUGGCGAAAUGUGGAAGACCAUACAAGAAAUGGUUCGAGGUCCUUGUGUAAUCAGCCCUGUUGAUCUGUCUGAAAUAGUGAGAACUUUGGGCAGAGCUAAGAUGGUCAACAAAGCCCUUACUGUCUUUUACCAGGUUAAAGCUCGCAAGUGCAAUCCUACUGCAAGCACUUAUAAUUCUAUGAUCAUGAUGCUUAUGCAACAAGGGCACCAUGAGAAAGUUUAUGAACUUUACAGUGAGAUGUGUGAUGAAGGCAACUGUUUGCCUGAUACUGUAACAUACAGCGCGCUGAUAUCAGCAUUUAGUAAAUUAGGUCGUGAUGAUUCUGCUAUUAGGUUGUUUGAUGAAAUGAGGGAGAAUGGUUUACAUCCCAAUUCAAAGAUAUAUACGACUGUACUGGGGACUUAUUUCAAAUUGGGAAAAGUUGAAAAGGCCUUAAGAUUAGUCCAGGAGAUGAAGGAGACUGGUUGUGCGCCAACUGUUUAUACAUACACUGAGUUAAUAAAGGGGCUUGGUAGAGCUGGUAGGGUUGAAGAAGCUUACUCUGUAUUUCUUAAUGUGUUAAAGGAAAGCUGUGAACUAGACGUUGUGCUCAUAAACAAUGUCAUAAAUUUGCUUGGCAAGGUAGGACGCUUGGCUGAUGCUUUGAGCGUAUUUGAAAAAAUGGGAUCUUUGAAGUGUACACCAAAUGUGGUGACAUAUAAUACUAUUCUUAAAUCAUUGUUUCAAUCUAAAGCCCCGGUAUCUGAAAUUUCAUCAUGGUUCGAGCAAAUGAAGGCGAGUGGAGUGGCUCCUAGCUCCUUUACUUAUUCAAUUCUCAUUGAUGGAUUUUGCAAGACAAAUAGAGUGGAGAAAGCUCUGUUGCUGCUAGAGGAGAUGGAUGAGAAAGGUUUUCCUCCAUGUCCAGCCGCCUACUGCAGCCUGAUCAACAGUCUUGGAAAAGCAAAACGGUAUGAAGCUGCGAAUGAGUUGUUCCAAGAACUAAAGGAGAAUUCUGGAUCCUUGAGUUCGAGAGUAUAUGCUGUGAUGAUCAAGCACUUUGGCAAAUGUGGACAUUUGGCUGAGGCAAUGGAUCUUUUCAAUGAGAUGAAUAAAGUUGGGUGCAGUCCUGAUGUGUAUUCUUAUAAUGCCCUCAUGUCAGGGAUGGUAAAGGCUGGCAUGCUAGAUGAAACUCUUUCCUUGCUUCAAACAAUGGAGGAAAAUGGUUGCAAUCCAGACAUAAAUUCCUACAAUAUAAUCCUGAAUGGCUUGGCAAAGACUGGUGGCCCAGAAAGAGCAAUCGAGAUGUUCACAAGGAUGAAAAGUUCAAAGAUAAAGCCGGAUGCAGUCUCCUACAAUACCAUUCUUGGUUCUCUAAGCCGUGCUGGUAUGUUUGAGGAGGCUGCUAGGUUGAUGAAGGAGAUGCAAGUGAAAGGCUUUGAAUAUGAUCAUAUAACAUACUCUUCAAUACUUGAAGCAGUCGGAAAGAUCGAUGAAGAUCGCGUUCAUUCCACUUUUUAGAAUGAUCUGGUAUAUACUUCUCUUUAGGUAAUUGAGUGGUGUAUUUCUCACUCAUCAAUCAUGCUUUUAGGAAAUAUAUGCUUUUGCUUACUAAGUGAUGCGAAAAGUCGUGUUACAGAAUUUUGUGGAACUUUUCAUGUGCAAUAAAUGUUAUAUGGCUAGUUGCAGGUACUUACUUUAUGUUCACCAUUUUAUGUUAAUCAUGAGAUAUGGAAUUGCUAUUGCCCCGUUUUUAGAGGACGUGAUGUGGCAUUUUCUGUUUUCAUUUGAAAAUUCGGCUUGCAGAACUCUAUCAGGUGCCAGUGCAUGGAGUCAAUCUCUGCAGUGUGUUGCACCUCCUCGUAAGAUCUUACAUGGCAAGACCAUGCAUGCUUGGGAGGUAAGUUCGACAUAUAAUAAAGUGAUCUAUGGGAAUUACGAUACUGUUAAGGGCUUCCAUGGAUGAGAAAUGCCAACUUUUUUUAUGGUAUGGUCAAUCAGCCUUGCUUGGACAUGUUACUGUACAGAUACAAUUAAUUGCUUCUCAAAUUUCUUACCCAAGUGUCUGCUAGACGUGCUCAGGCAGCAACUGGCAUGAAGCCUGAAGGUGAAAUUUUUGUUUACACUGCUUGUGCCAACUGGCAACUCGUCAAUGGUUUAGAGUUGCAGAUGAGUCUGCAAGUGAUUAUCCCGGCUUUCUCUUUAUCUGCUGGUGGCUGGACUAUGGAAUCUGUUGCUAGGAUCUUGGACGACAUACUUGGAUGAUCCUUUGUCCAUAAUCUUUGUCUGCUAAGCUCUUGUGAUUUGUUUUUUUAUAGAAAUUAAUGCUGAUGAAAUAUUUGUCCAUAAUCUGUACUUUGGAUCCUGGAUGCUUUGGUGGUAACGUUUUUAAAUGACAUCUUCUUGCUGCUGUUUACCGACA